AUGGCGGAUCAGAACGAUGCGGAGUCCGGUGAAGCUAGGAAGAAGAACCCGCCAUCGAUAUCACCAAUGGAGUACCAGCUGAAGAAGUACCUGCUGCUGCUGGCCACCCUGGUGGCGACGGUGACCUACGCGGCGGGGCUCAACCCGCCGGGGGGUUCCUGGCUGGAGGACGACACCGACACGCCGUCGGGCUCGGGCGGCGGAGGUCGACGGCACUUGGCCGGGGACUCCAUCCUCCGGCAGACCAACUACAUCCGCUACAUCGUCUUCUACUGCUUCAACGCUAUCUCCUUCGCGGCGUCGCUCGUCGUCAGCCUCCUCCUCCUCCUCCUGCACAGGGGCGACCAGGGCUGGCUGCUCAAGCUCACGCGGGCGAUCAUGGUGGUCGACCUGCUCGGCCUCAUGGGCGCCUACGCCGCAGGAGGCAGCCACGACAGGUUCACCACGGUCUGCGCCGCCGGGCUGGUCGGCGCCACCUUUGCCUGCAUCAUCUUCGUCGUCCCCUGCAUGAUAUUUAAACAAGACACGGCGGCGGCGGCGGCGGUGGGGGCAUCGCGGAACGACGGCCACGACAAUAACGACGACCACGAGCAGCAGUCCAAGCACGAGAUCCUGCUGGUGCUCGCCAUCUUCGUGGCCACCAUCGCCUACGUGGCCGGGCUGAACCCACCGGGUGGCUUCUGGCGGAGCACGGAGGAAGGUCACCACACCGCCGGCGACCCCGUGCUGCAGGGCUUCCAUCCGAUCCGCUACAAGUUCUUCUUCUUCAGCAACACCGCCGCCUUCGUAACGUCCCUGCUGGCUAUCACCAUCACCGCCCACGAGAAGGUGGACCUCAAGGCUGUCAAGGUUCCGUUGUGUGGGCUCAUCAUCACGGCGAUCUUGGGCCUCAGCGGCGCCUACGCCGCUGGGAGCUGCAGGGACAGCAGGCACACCGGCUACGUUCUAGCCCUAAUUGUCCCAGUUCUUGGCUGCAUCUUUCUCCAACGGUUUCUUGCCAUCAAGCUGCGACAUCACUUCGGCUUUGGUAGCGGGUCAACGAGCAGUGGAGAACACAAUGAUCUGGAGAAGCCUCGUGAAGUCAUUCAGCUACUCGCCACUCUCGCGGCGACGGUCGCGUACCAAGCAGGAGUGGAUCCACCUGGCGGCGUCUGGGCUGACACCGGGGAGGGCCACAUCGUCGGAGACCCGAUCCUCCUGACGACGCAUCCCGGGCGGUACAGGGUCUUCUUCUACUUCAACUCGGCGGCCUUUGUGGCGUCCCUGGUCAUCAUGGUGAUGCUGCAGAGCGAGCGCCUCGUGAGAGGGCACGCGCUGGAGGCGGCCAUGAUCCUGGACCUGUUCGGCCUCAUAGGCGCGUACGCCGCUGGGAGCAGCAGGGACACGAGCACGUCCAUCUACACGCUCGCCAUCGCCGGCGGCGUCCUUGUCUACGUGGUGAUCCACAUCGUGUUCUUUACGCUAGACCACCAUCCCAGCAGCAAGAAGCAGGGCGGUGAGGAAGCUAAGAAGAAGGAGGAUGUGAUGGAGAAGAAGCGCGAGGUGCUGCUGCUCCUCGCGAUCUUGGCGGCAACCCUCACCUAUCAGGCUGGCUUGACGCCGCCGGGCGGCCUGUGGGAGAACGAUAGCUCCGGGCACCGCGCCGGCUUCCCGGUGCUCCUGGACAAGUACCCUCGCCGUUACAAGGCCUUCUUCUACUGCAACGCGGCGAGCUUCAUGGCGUCCGUGGCGCUCAUCGUGCUCCUCCUCAACCCAACCCUUUAUGCGCCGGGCAUCAGGUGCUACGCGCUCUUUGUCUGCAUGGUGGCCGGCAUGUUCAGCCUCAUCGGUGCAUACGCUGCCGGAAGCUCCCUGCAUCUGGGAACCUCCAUUGUUGACCUGGCAUUGGUUAUUGCGGUUUUCGCAAUCGUAGUCUAUGUGGCCAUCAUCCGCCAUGGUCAGCAAAACAGGCAGCGGAAAAGUCAAGCCGCACAAGAUAGCAAGAACGACCAGUCCUCAACGACGACAACUCAAACACAUAGUCAGUCUUCAGACGACCGAAGAACUCCAGAGCAGAAACCAGCAGAUUUGAAGAAAGAGUCGUUGGACAUGAUGAUGGCCAAGUACCUGAUGCUGGUAGGGAUACUGGCUGCCAGCGUCACCUACCUCACCGGCCUGAAACCACCGGGUGGCCUGUGGAGGGAGGACGGCGCCGGGCACGACGCCGGCAACCCGGUCCUCUACGACGUCGACAGGCAUCGGUACAACGCUUUCUUCUACAGCAACUCCACUUCCUUCAUGGCUUCCAUCACCGUCAUCGCCCUCCUGCUUUCGCGGAUGAUACUUGGAAGCAACAAGCCUCUUUGGCCCAUGCACACGGCCAUGCUGCUGGACAUGCUCGCCCUCCUGGGAUCCUACGCCGCAGGCAGCGCUCGGGACUGGUGCACGUCCAAGGAUGUCGCCCUGCUUCUCUUCCCUAUACUGGGCUUCGUUUUGCUGCUCUUCUUCUGGAAGAAAGAGCCACAAUCUGCCGCCACCCAACAGAAUGCUCACUCCUAG